AUGGAAUCUUUAAUGCUGAUUCAGACAAGUGGAAGUACCAGAGAAUUAAGAACUAUUGUGGACUUGCAAGACAUCUUUCAAAGGUUCACUUUUGACAGUAUUUGCUCCAUGGUGUUGGCAUUUGAUCCCAAUUGCCUUCCUAACAAGCUCACUCGAUUCCCUGAGGUUGCUGUUGAGAAAGCUUUCAACAAAAUGGAGGAUACAAUUCUCUAUAGACAUCUGGUCCCAAGAUGGUUCUGGAAUUUGCAGAUAUGGCUUCAAAUUGGACAUGAGAAUGACUCCAUUGCUAUCCUUCGAAUUGUCGAGCAAUUCUUCCAUGAUCGUAUAUCAUCUAGUCCGGAAGAAAGAAGUGGAUUCAACUACACCAAAGAUGAUGAAUCAAACUUUGACAUGCUUAAAGCUCCUGUAGAGGAAAGUGGAAUGGAACAGGUAGAUCACAAGUUUCUAAGAGACAUUGCAGUUAAUCUCUUAGCAGCUAGAAGGGACACAAUUAGUGCAAGUUUAUGUUGGUUUUUCUGGCUUGUUUCAACUCACCCUAAUGUUGAAACCAAAAUCCUUGGAUAA